AUAAAAACGUGCGUUGGUACUUGAUUGGAAGCUUAAGAUGACUAAGGAGUUAGAAACUCUCAUGGGGAAAGUGAGAGGUUUGAGCCUUCUAUCUCUUGGUGGUUGCUUCGAUGGCUGCUAUGACCACACUCAAGCCUAUGGAUUAGGGACAAGGAUCUGGAACUUCAGUGAUCGACCAGUGGAGCUGCAGAUAAGGGUGGGAUCAAUACUGAAGAAGGUUCACACUUUGAAGCCAGGGUCAUGUAAGAGGCUGAGAAGUAAACGCAUAUACAAGGCAUAUAUGCCUGGUAAGAGUGGCAAUGAUGGUGGGGGAUUGAAGAGUUUGCUGUAUUACUAUGAUGAAACUUGCCACCCUUAUGUUUGGAUUCAUGACAUAGGGGGUGGUUCCAUGAGGAUGGUUAAACAGCAGUAUAUUAGCCUUGAGAAUUUGAGGGAUUCUUCUGAGAUCAGGAUCUUGAGGGAUCAGCAAAGAGGUUGCAUUUCAGUUCUCAAGAGAACUAGGCCAGAUUUCUGCAGCAAAGAAAGACAUCAUUUUCCCUCACAACACGCAUCCGAUUCGGAGCUACCUCUUUUUUGUUUCAUCUUCUUCUUUCUUUCUUUGUUUCUGAUUCUGAUGGGUAUCUCAUGGAGUGGCAGAAGAAGAAACAAUUACCUCCAAAACCGACCACCACCUCCACCCCCUUCUUACUACUACCAUACAGAAUCCCACCCUGCACCACCACCGCAGCCGCAAGGUUACUUUCUCCCUUCAGCAACCCCUUACGCCCCUCCCCCUCCCAUGCCGCCGCCGCCACCACCACAAACCCACUCAAUUUCUUUCUAUUACAGCUCCAACCCCAAUUCCUACGGCACUCCCACUCUCGCCCCUCGCUUUCACUACCAGCAGCAUUACUACCACCCCCAGCCCCAGCCCCAGCUCGCCGCGUGGCCCGUCCCUCGUCCUGCUGCCCCCACUCCUCCGCCCUACGUCGACCACCAGACCGCCAAGAAGAUAAGGAACUACGUCAAUGUCCACAAAGACACCCUGCGCCUCGAGGUCGACGACCAUAACCCCGAUCUUCAUCUUCUCUCCUUCGUUUUCGAUGCUGUCUACGAUGGCAGCAUUACUAUCUUAUACUUUGCCAAGGAAGAAGAAAAAUGUAGGUUUGUUCCAUUAUAUCCCGAGGCAUUUCAGCCGGUCAGAAUCCCCUUUCAGAAAGGAGUUGGCCAGAAAUUUGCUCAGCCUUCAGGAACAGGAAUUGACCUAGGCUUCUUUGAGUUGGAUGAUCUUUCAAAGCCCUCACCUGGAGAAGAUGUCUUUCCUCUAGUAAUAUGUGCUGAAACAAGUUUGAAAACUACCUCAGAAGAUGAAACUCCUGGUGAUUCCUUGCUAGACGCAUCCCCUCACAUGCAAAUAACUCAAGGUGUCUUAGAGAAAAGUAAUGGUGCUGGUCCAUUCCUAAUAAAAGUAGUUAAGCAGAUUUUGUGGAUUGAUGGUGUUCGUUAUGAGUUGAGGGAGUUAUAUGGAAUAGGAAACUCAUCCGCAGCUGAUUUUGAUGACAAUGAUCCUGGGAAGGAGUGUGUCAUAUGCAUGACUGAACCAAAGGAUACUGCUGUUUUACCUUGUCGACAUAUGUGUAUGUGCAGUGAGUGUGCAAAUGCUCAUCGACUUCAAUCCAAUAAAUGCCCUAUAUGCCGUCAGUCUAUUGAGGAACUUAUAGAGAUCAAGGUGAACAAUGGCGAUCAUUGAGAUUUUUUCCUUCGGAUGCUAAGUUGCAUGACAGUCCCAAUAAAUUCCUUUUAAGAAAAUUCACCCCCUUUUUACAUGUCUGCAGUCAGCUAUUAUAUAGCAAUUUGUUUUUUUCUUUUUUGUAAAUUGUAGUCAAUAAUCUGUUUAUAGAUUUUGUGUGAUGUGUUUGAGGGAAAAUUAGAUCAUUAGUGAUCGAAUGUUUUUCCUCCCGUAUCAUCUAUUGUACAGGUGAUCAUUUUUCCAUAGUUUUUGUCUUAAUGGUGUUUAAGAGAUCAUUUACAUAGUAAUUUGCCAAACAAGGGAGAAAUGAAAUAACACCUGGUUUGAUGCAUAAUGGAUUAUGUUUGAAAGUUAUCUCA